AAUCCAUGAGUCCUGCCAUUAAAUGACAUCACCUGUUAAAAAUGGAUGAAAUUAUGUAACAUUUUGUAUUUUAUUUUUAUAUACAAAAUUAAAAGUAUGAAGAAAUGCAUUCGCGAUGAAGAUGAAAGAUGCGUAAAUUCAUAACAUUCAAUUGUUUAGUGGAUUGCAAUGAUACGGAGCCGUUCCCAAGUGAUGCUAUUCAAAACCUGAGGCAGGCUGUGCUUGCUCCAAUCGUGUAUACGCCGAAAAUCCAACAAGCGUUACAAAGAAUCAAUUUUCAAUACCAUCGGACUUGCAGUUACUCGAACUUACUAAGGGAGUGUAAUGUUGGCGAGGGCGAGACCCUGUUGAUGUUCUGGGGCUACGGGCGCUCUGACAGCAAGGUCACCAUGAGCAUGUCUGCUUCCAGCUGCUCCUCGUUGCAUUUGCAGCCAAGCACGCCGAACUCCCAACGUGAGAAGGAGCUGCGUUCCACUGCCCAACAAACAGAUAUAAGCUGUCGAUAUUCCCCUGGCAUCUCUUCACCAGCGAAUCCAAGUGAUACGGAAGACCAGCGGCAGAUGCGCGCGCGCAUCGCGGACUCGCUGACGUUUUCUUCGCCCGCGUCGUCUCUGCUGCAGCCUGCCGGACGCUCCAUGUCCAUACUGAGCUCCGUGUGCGCGCUGCUGCUAAACAAACAGGGCUCGCAAGCCGCGAAGGAAGUGUCCAGUUUCACGGGCAGUCUGCGCUCAGACAACAUCUGCCGCAUCUGCUUCGGCGGGGAGUCAGCGGAGCGCCUGGUGCGGCCCUGCUCCUGCCGCGGCACCAUCGCCGCCGUGCACCGCUCCUGCCUCGAGCGCUGGCUGCUGCAGGCCGCCACCUCUUACUGCGAGCUGUGCCGGCACCACUAUGUUGUCACCAGGAGUCAUAAACCGGGCGUCUAUUACUCGCGCUGGCACAGAUGGUCGUGGAUGCGCUCGCUGGCGGAGUGGGCGAUGUCGGGCCGGGGCCGCGCGCUGGCGGCCGACGUGUGGCGCGCGCUGGCGCUGGGCACGGCCAGCGUGCUCGGCACCGCCCGCGCGCUGCACGCCUGCGACGCCGUGCUGCAGGCCGGCGCCCGCCGCGGCGGCGGGGCGGCGCUCGCUGCCAAUCUCUUCUCCUCGCUCCUCAUUGGAGUCAUCGGCGCCCUGAACGGUCUGCUGACCACGUGGAUGCUCCUGAAGAUCCAGGAGCACCAGUUGUCGUGGCAGGCGUGGCGCGACUCGACGCUGCACGUGCACGUGACGCUGGCGGACGAGGAGAGCACCCUCACGCCGCACCCCUCCGACGCCACGGUGGUGGGCGACGAGGACGGCAACGCUACUGCCGACAGGAGCACCAACGUUGCAGACCCCUUCAUGGUCGCACUGCCUUACAACCUGCCAGACACAUAAAAUUGCAAGUUUCCUAGUCAAAUCGAGAUAUCGAAUUGAAGCUACUAAUUGAAGAUACUUUCAAACAUCUGCGGCAAACGAAAUUUGUUUGGAUGCGCUUUAGUGCAUCACCAAGUUCGCUGAUUUUAUACCAUUACUUUACUGCAUCAUUAUGACAUUUAAAUGCGUAUUAUUCGGGCUGACGACCAGCGCUUUUUUUGUAAUUCUGUUGGGGAUGGUAUUACUGCGAUAUAUCAGAAACGCGGGUGCUCUCACAUAAUCAACGAAUUUAUAUCGGAAAUAAAGACGCUCUUGGAAGGUAGCGUGGCGUUCUCUGGGGCACGAUGAACGCCACGCUUUCUUCUUAAUAUUAAAAUAUAAUUACCGCUAAAGUUUACAAUAUGCUACAUGAACAUGAACGACCAGUUGCAGUCAUAAAUAGUUAGGAGCUAUCACUUUUGUAGCAUUUGCUUCAACAUAACUUGUGUUCAGACCGUUGGACUUACAUCGUACCUUCAUUGCUUGUAGUUUGUGUGGUGCACACUGUUUGAUGUAGCUGUGAUAUAUCAAACCUGCCUAGUUAAGAUCUUGACAACUUUUGAUGCAAACAUGGAGGAAGGUGUCGUCAAAAUGAUUAUAUCGAUCGGAAACAGGCGUGCAGGUGAUUGUAAUCGGAUUACAUUAAACAGUGUGCACUACAAAUCGUCGAAAUACGACAUUUUGUAAAUAAAAGCUAGUCAGUGAAGAUUGUGAACAAAACUGAACAUUAUCAAAACUACUCGUUCCAGUUAGGCAGUAAUAUUCUAGAUUGGAAUCCUAUGGUUAAUAUGUUGAUUAUAGCGCUGCAGCACCUCUAGAAUAGUAAGCUUCUGAAUAUCCAGCACCGAUUAUAACAUCUCACAAAAUGUUUUUCUAUAAGGUGGAAAUGGUGGCCGAAGCCAAACCGAAUGUCAAUUACGAAAUAAACAUAAAUAAUACGCCAAUGUUUUUGUUAAUCAAUAUUUAUUUCAUUAUCAAUAUAAAUUAACAGAAUAAUCAUAUAAUAAUAUCAAAUUUCAUAAAAUCAGUAGGCGAAUACAUCAAGCCGCUGUUAUUAAUAAUGUCAAAUUCAUAUAAUAAUAAUAUGUUAAAUGUAAUCGUGAAACAGUAUGUACACUGAUAACAAGGAUACGACUCUCUUAUGUGGGUAUAUAAGUGCAAGCGAUCCUUAGCAGUGCGCCACUACACUACGACCUAGCUGAAGUCGCUCGAUAUAUUAAUGUUAGUUAAAACUUACAAGCUAACGUAGAAAAAAUCACAUCUUGAGAUUAUAAUAAAUAGGAGGACUGUAUCGAGACAGCGCUUGGAGAUACGAGUUGGGCGGACACUGACAUA